AUGCCUGCUAGAGCUUUCUUGAUACAUCAAAAUUUCAAUGAUGAUCUUAGCACCCCCUCGGGGUGCUCUUGGCGGCUCUUUAACUCGCCUGGGCCGCCUCAGUCAACCAAGGUGCCUGUUCACGGAUGCAAGCCUUCUCUGCUGACACCUAGUUUCUCGGUAACGUACUAUAGUAUGACCAUGCCUCAGAGGGCCUCUCCAUGCUACGACCCGGAGUACUCGAACCCCGCGUACUUGCAUGGCGGAUACGAAAGACACGGCAACGGUAAGCAGGGCAGCAGUCUCUUUGUUACCGACCUAACUUUUAGCUUUGGUUCUAUGGAACCAUUGUGUGCGAGCGUCGAGAGCCGCAUGCCCUCAAAUUACAACUACGCCUCACAAAUCACAGUCAAAAACUUUUUCAUGCUGAUAACAAGGUACCUCUACGCCCCGACCAUUGGUACCUAUAUCUUUAAUCUUGCCUAUGUCGAUGACUUGGCGUACAUUAAUGUCGGUGCGGACAGCGCCUUCGAAUGCUGUCAAAUAAACUCGACGGUUUCAAAUCCUGGCCCCUCUACCUUAUAUGUAUUGUGGCCUCAAAGUUUGAAUAAAAUCAGCAUCGAUCUGGAUGGCGGAAUCUAUGACCCCCUUCGUCUGUUUUAUGUAAACAGAAACUACUUGGCUGGAUUGCAAUUUCAAUUCAGUGACCCGCAAGGAGUCGAGCAUAAAAACUGGACGUCCUACAUAUUCUCAGCAUUGGAUGGAGAUAAGUGUGAUGUACCUCCCUUCUAUUCGACAAGCCUGUGGUCUAAAACCUACACAUCUUUUUUUACUGUCGUUUCCACUUUCGCUAAUACAAAAGGGCAACUAACCACUACUAACAUGGUCUUCGUAGAGGAACCGCCCGUCUACACUUUCACCUCUACGUCUGUGGAGCCCUACAGCGGAUUCUUGACAUCAACCUAUUCUAAUACUCGAAUAACGACGACUGGUGCCAAUGGAUAUCAAACCGUUAACACUGUCUACUUUGUUGAGACUCCUGAUGUUGAAGUUCAGUCCACUAAAAUUACCGGCUGGACUGGAUCUGUCACCUCAACCUACUCCACAGAACUGACCUCCUUCACCGGCUCAGACGGUAUCCCAACCACCGAGACCACUUACUACAUCGAAACGCCAGUAUCUGCUUAUUAUGGAAACACAACUAUUCAAAGGAACUCUGCUCAAGGCUCGUCAACUCUCUUGCCCGGACCAAGUUCGCUGAUUUCAACGGGCUUGAAGGUGACUACCACCGAAACUCCCCCUGCCCCCGGCGCGUCAACCACUUCUAUCGUGACUACCACAGUCAGCGGGGCUGAGACUAUUUACACGACCACCUGUCCUGUAAGCAAUCCUACAGGAGCCUCGAACUUCCCUGGUCCUGGCUCCAGCGCCUCGACAACUUCUGUCGUGACUACCACAGUUAGUGGCAUCGAGACGAUUUACACCACAACCUGUCCUGUAAGCGAUAUGACCACUGGUGCACCUGCUGCUAGUGGUUCCAACUCGGGCUCCAACUCUGGCUCCAACUCUGGCUCUGGCUCCUAUGCAGCCUCAACCUCCGGCUCUGGUUCUACUCCAGGCU